AUGGCUUCUCGUGCAAUUGCAUGGUCGACAGGUCCCGCGAUUCCGGCAAUUUAUGCAUGGACACUCGGAUCGGGAUCUGCAGGACGAGCCUGUGCUGCGAAUGCGGAGGCAUCCACAGAUGGCGAGGCUUCUCGUGCGACAAGGGCGCCUGCCAUUUACGCCUACAACGUGCCGAGCUGCGCUCGAAGUGAGGCCCGCGCAGCAGUGUCCUCGCCCACGUCGGGGCUGCUCGAGAGUGAGCAGCUGCACGUCAGGGGCAUGCUGCAGCAGAUUCUGGCAAUCGAGGACCACCUGGACCGAUGGCAUCGGGUGGACCGGCCAGAGGCCGCAUCUCUCUUCUGGGUCCCGGCCUACUUCCCUGUGCUCUUCUGGCUAGACCAACGUACACCUGAGCAAAAUGCCAGCCACCUUCAAUGCGUGCGAGAUGUUGUGGGUACGCUUCAGCAGUCAAGGUAUUUCUCCAGGAAUGCUGGGUACGAUCAUCUGCUGCUUUAUGGAUAUGAGUAUCCACACUGGAAGCGCUUCAGGCACUUGGUCCUCGACAGCUAUUCCCCCUUCUUGGGAAAUGCUAUCCUUGUGUCUGUCUCACUCUGGAACCAGGGUCGCCGAUCGUCUUUGUUGGAUGCAGGGCUGUACCCAUUGCUUCGUGUGAUUCCCGUUCCCUACUUCACGCAGUACGACUGCGGGCAGGAGGAAACCAUGCUCAACACUCCUCGACGCUUGGUCGUGUCCUUUGCCGGUUCAAUCAAGGACAAGCCCCCGUAUUUCGUCUUCCGGGAGAGGCUGCUUGUCGCCGAAGCUGUUGGGCGACCGGAUCUGCAGGAUGAGCGGCUGCUCAUACAGGUGUUCGACGCACACGAAGAAGCGAGAUACCGAUUCGCUCGGGACUAUGAGGCUGAGCGCAAUGCGCUCUAUGUGGACUCCGUGUUUUGCCUGGCAAUGCCUGGCGACGGAAACACAGCGGGGCGCCUCUUUGAUGCAAUGGUGAAGGGGUGCAUCCCUGUUCUCUUGUUCCAUCCCGACUCCUAUCCG